AUGCCGGCGCCAAACGCCUCAUGUGUUUGGUCCCGGCCGGAUCCCGGUUACAAUCCUGAUGUCGCAUCUGAAGCUCCAGUAUCGUCAGCAGCUGUCAGUUCAUUAGAGCAGGCCAAAAAGGGAAUCCAUACUUGCCUUGACAUUUUCUUCGAGCGCCAUUUCGCGAAUGACUUUUGCUCAUUCGACCACUGGCCAGAUUUUGAACAAAAAUGUCAAAAAGAUGCAUUCCUGUCUUCGGCCGUUGUUGCGCUCUGCGGUCGAUAUCUAAAGCCACAGGAUGCGCAAUCUUGCUUUGGACUAGACUCUGGCCGCCAGGUAUCCAAGGCGUACUUGCAUAGAGCCCGAGCUUUAGCUAAGGAGUCGUCAGAUGACCCAACUGGCAAUCUUGUCCUGGCCAUGGCUGAGCUCUUGCACGGUUCUGGAUCUCGUCACUGGCUAUUUGCUGGCAUGGCAAUCCGUAUGGCCGAGGCAAUGCGACUCAACAAAGACUUUCACCAGAAACAUAGCCUAAAGGUUCAAGAAGUCCGUAGGCGGACAUUUUGGGCAUGCCUCAUGUUUGAUAGGGUGUUGGCAUACUUCCUUGCCAAGCAUCGCACCAUCGAUAUAGAGAACAUCGGCAUACCGCUGCCAGGAACGGACAUGUCUCUAGCCUAUCAGGAAGAGACGAAAGGAGUCACGUUGAGUGACAUUGCCACGCGACAGCGCCCAUCAGAGCUGGGACUGGGUUCGUAUCUGAUAAAAACGGUUUGUCUGUGGAGUGAUCUUGCCGACUUCGCUACGUAUUCUCGUCGACGGCUAGAUAGAUUCCCGCCUACCGACCCACACAGCAUGUUCUCCAUCAGGCACGAAGCACUAUGUACCUGGGUUGACUCGCUUCACCCGAGCCUUCGCUGGAACUCUGAGAACUAUCAUACCCAACGUCAGCUUGGCAAGGGAAGUUCUUUCGUCGCUAUGCACCUCUUACUUCUCAGUGGCUCUUGUGCCGCUCAUCAGUGUUAUCUACCUCAUUUCACCUUGUUCACCAAGCCCGAUGACCUAGUGGAUGCGGCUGGCUGGUCAUACCUGCACAGGGAACCGUUGCUGAUAGAUACAUGUGUAUCCAAUGCCAUCAAGUUCGGCGAAGUGCUCACUUAUCUUGUUGAAGGUGGCAGCACCGGCAACGAACUGAGCUUGCAGGCUGUCUGGGUCGCCCCCUCCGUUCUGAUAGUAGCAAAUGUAUUUCUGUGGCUCCAAUACACCCAAGACAAUGUCUACUCCGACGACUCUCUCCGACAAAAGUCCCAGAGUUAUUUUCAAACUAUCCAUACGUUGGUAUCGUCCUGGACGCCGCACUGGAAGGCAGCUGAACGAUGGAAGUUGUCGCUCAACGCCAUGCAAGAUCUCUAUAAGGCGGCCUACGUCGGAGACAUCAAUGAAACCAUCCUCAGCCCAGCUGCCACGAUCUCAAUGCAUUCGGAUGACGAGUCUGCACCUGAUUUUUGUCCUCAACCAGGUGAUGGAUAUCCGGCACUCAUCUCUUUACCCAAUCUGCCGGCCUCUGUUAAGUUUGUUACUAGUGAUACCUCGGCCAGAUUUAUCGAUAUGCAGUCGAUUUGGCUACAGCUAUCCGGUGGUUGGCCGUAUGGGGCUACAGGAGCAGCGUACUUGAUGGAGCACGCACAUGUAGAUAUGGCUUUGUUGAACGACUCGGCGCCUGCUGAGUUGUAG